UGGAAUCAUACAGGUGUGAAGGAAUUCCUCCUGGUAGGAUUAACUGAAAAUCCUAAUUUGCAGAUCCCACUGUUUUUGCUUUUCACUCUUAUUUAUUUCAUCACUUUGUUGGGUAAUUUGGGCAUAAUUAUCUUAAUCUGGUUAAAUGUCCAACUUCAUACUCCAAUGUACUUCUUCCUUGGCAACCUCUCCUUUUGUGAUAUCUGCUACUCUACUGUCUUUGCUCCUAAGAUGCUAGCCAAUUUCCUAUCAAAACAUAAAUCCAGUACAUUUUCUGGCUGUGUUCUACAGAGUUUCUCUUUUGCAGUAUAUGUAACCACAGAGGGCAUUCUCCUGUCCAUGAUGGCUUAUGAUCGUUAUGUGGCCAUAGCUAAUCCCUUGUUGUAUACAGUCAUUAUGACCCAAACAGUUUGUAUUCAGAUGGUCCUUGCAUCUUACUUGGGUGGGCUCAUUAAUUCUCUGACACACACAAUAGGUUUGCUCAGAUUAGACUUCUGUGGUCCUAAUAUUGUGAAUCAUUAUUUCUGUGACAUUCCUCCUCUUCUGAGGCUUUCUUGCUCUGAUGCUCAUAUCAAUGAAAUGCUGCUCUUGGUCUUCUCUGGGCUUAUUGCAAUGUUCACUUUCAUUGUCAUUAUGGUGUCUUAUAUCCGGAUCAUCAUUGCCAUCCGGAGAAUUCGUUCAGCUGAGGGAAGGUACAAAGCCUUCUCCACUUGUGCCUCCCACCUGACCACUGUGACCUUAUUCUAUGGGUCUGUUUCUUUUAGUUACAUCCAGCCAAGCUCUCAGUAUUCCCUGGAACAGGAAAAGGUCUCAGCUGUGUUUUAUACAUUGGUGAUCCCCAUGCUAAACCCACUUAUUUAUAGCCUGAGAAAUAAGGAUGUAAAAGAUGCAGUAAAAAGGUCGAUAUGGUGGAAGAGAAGCCCCACUUGA